AUGGAAGCUGCUCUACUGUAUGAUUGGGUAACGCGGCUAGCUACUCCGCCCAGUUUCCGAUCUCUUGCUAAAGUCGAAAGCUAUCUCAUCAAGGCACUAUACUCCUCUAUUUCUUUAAAAGGAUAUUUCUCUUCGCAUGAUGGACACCAAGGAGACCCCAAAGCAAUCUAUGCUUUGGAGGUCUCAGGGGGCUCGACGAAUGUUUACCACCAAGCUGUGUUCUCGAAGACAUCUGGCCAGCAUGACGAUGAAUGGUGCAAACCCGACUGGGACGGAUGGCAAGGCAGAGGACUUGAGGCGGCCUUGGUCGCUCAAGAAGCAGAGCGCUACAAGCGUGCACUUUUCAGAUUACUAGCGGAUAUCCAGUCUGGAAGCGAAGACCAACUCUGUGAUAUCCUAGCUACCCAGACUAAAGUUUCCGAGACAGGUGAGGGCAAGUCCACUCCCUCUCGUCAACCUUAUCAGCUGAACGCACGCCCUAGCCCAGAAUGCUCCGUUAUCCCAGCCACACAGAGUGUCAAUAGACUGGAAUCGUACCCAUUAAUUGCUGUGGUUGUACCGGCUCCUCUAUGGAUGCGAGAAGGAGUUACAAGGUCAACCAUAAGUGCCGCGGUGGCGAGGUGCAAGAAGCGGCUCCGAUCCAGUCGCGAUGCUGACGACCCCCAGGAUCCCGAACUAUUAAUUCCUGGCGCAACUCAACAGCGCCCGAGGAAGAAUCAAAACCAAUGGCCAAGCCUCUUCGUCAUUCACUGGGCGGCUCAGACCCAGCCAUAUACCUCGGAUGAAAACGCACUGUUGGUGCGACUGAAGGAAAGAGAGGGCAUGCUGUGGGCGGAGAUUGCUGCCUACUUCCCCGAACGAAGUGCAUCAUCCCUCCAAGUCCACUACUCAACCAAGUUACGCCACAAGGCAACCCCUCGGGCCGAAAAGCUACGGAUACGCCGGUGA